CCUUCUGCCAUUCCCGUCGCUUUCCGCUGCCGGUAGCGUCUGUCACUCAAACCCCCCAAAACGGUGUGGACUCCAAAAUCCAUAUAAUGUGGUACACAGCCGCCCAGGUUUUUCAGAUCUGAAACAACGAGGUCACAUAGGCUGUGAUAAUACUGAGGAGAUUCUAAUGCUGAGCCAUGGAUGACGAGGACAGCCAGGAUGAGCUGAUCAAUAGGAACGCUUCUCAUGGAAAAGGAAAAAGACCUGCCACAUCUCUUUUCUCUGAUGAAGAGGGAAAUUCAGAAGAUGGAGAAGACUCACAGGAAGGUGAAACAGAGAGUGAGGAUGACGAAGACGGUGCCUCUGAAGAUGGAGAAGAAGAAGAUGGUGAAGAAGAGGGUGAGGAGGAGAGUGAACAUGAGGACGCUGAAAAUGAACUUGAGGGGGCGAUAGGGGGUACAUCUGCCAACCUUGCUGAGCUAAGUUCUGAUGAAGAUGCAGAGAAAUGCCCAAUCUGUCUCAACUCUUUCCAUGAGCAGCCAGUAGCCACUCCUGAGAGCUGUGAACACUACUUCUGUCUAGACUGCAUUCUGGAAUGGGCCAAGAAUGCUAACUCCUGUCCUGUGGACCGAAUAGUCUUCAGCAAUAUUCUACUCCGAAAAUGCCAUGGAGGCAAAGUCCAGAAAACGAUUAUGGUUAAAAAGACGGCAAAGGCUACUGAGGAGGAGCAGGUGGAUGUGGAUUUAGAGCAGACCAGCUGUGAGGUGUGUGGUGGAUCAGAUCGAGAAGACCGUCUGCUGCUGUGUGAUGGAUGUGAUGCAGGGUACCACAUGGAAUGUUUAACACCCCCCUUGGAUGCUGUACCUGUGGAGGAAUGGUUUUGCCCAGGAUGUGCACCAAACUCAAGAAGUGAGAGGUCAAGUGAGGAUGAGAGCAAUGUUCUUCCCACCACCAGCCGCUCUCAGCCAAGCAACUCCAGGCCCAUCAGAGCCAUCGCACGCACCCAGCACAGCGAGAGGGUCCGCCAUAACGUCAACAGACACCGCAUCACACAGGCACGCACUGCUGCACAGUUGGCUCCCCGGUACCUGAUGCAGUCCACCUGGCUAGAUGAGACCAUUAACGCUGUGGUGGCUGGACUCAACACAGCUGUGUACGUGCGGGACCUGACUCCUCGCCCGCGAUCCACAAGGAGAUGCAAGACAGUUAGAAGAAGAAAAACUAAAAAAGAUGGGAAGGCUGCUGAGGGCAAAAAAUCAAGCACAGGGGUGAGGAGACGAAAACGUCGAGUAAAAAGGAGGAAAUCAAGAAAGAAGUUGGUUGUAAAGAAAACCGCCACCACUCGAGGCCGAAUUGCACGCAGUCUGGGCAUUAAGAAGCCUGUCCGCAGCUCUUCCAUCCCCUCAGUUUACCGUCCGUCUGAGCAAACACUAGGCACCAUGAGAGCUGACAUUGGGGCAGCCUCCCUUUCUAUUUAUGGAGACCCUUUUGACCUUGACCCCUUUGAUGAUCAGAAUGAGGAGGUGCAGCAGACACCAACUCCAGCCUCGUUGUUGGAGGCUAAGCGCAGAGGUUUGUCUCGCUCUGCCAUGCGUUCACACCAUCCUGUAGCGAGACCCAUAUCUGCAGGCUUACCAAGCAGGCGUGGACACAGUAUCCCUCAUAUAGAGGAGGUGGCUGAGGCCGCUCCAGUGCCAGACCUUCUGGGUAGUAUCCUCAGCGGCCAGAGCAUGCUGCUAAUGGACAGUUCUGAUAUUGUCAUCAACAGAGAUGGCUCUCUUAAGGCCGCCAAACCUGUGACCAUGUCUUUGCCAAGAAGCAUUUCAAGUGGUUCUACUUCAGAAGAGUCCGGCAUCACAUCUACAGGAGCAAGUCCUAUUCAGUCAAUCAGACAGACUCCCCCUGCUUCCUCCUCAUCCACCCCCUUAAGAAGACCUUCAGUACACAGUCCUUCUCCACUGACACCUGUGUCGCCCUCUCAACCCACAUUACGCACACCUGUGCCUGUUCCUGGGCACCCACGUCUGCAUACGCCACUGCCCCACAGGCCGGGGCCCUCACACACUGUUGGAACCGAUCACAGUCUGCAGGGUACCUGUGGGAUCAGAGGCCAACCCCCAACACGUGUUCCAAAUGGAUCUUCUGACUCUCGCCACAGGGAGAGGGGAGAUGCACCUCAACAGAUCCCUGCAAAAAAGCCUCCACCCAAGCCAGUAUGGGUAGAUGUGUCUGUUUUACCAAGAAUACCAAAGAUUAAAAGGGAAAACAGUUCUGAAGCACAAAGCAGCAGAGGGAGUAAUAGCAAUAACUUACCAGAGUCUUCUAUGACAAGUUUAGCAGGUGACAAAGGCCGGCAACAUACCGUUGACCAGCAGAGGGCAGGUUCGAGUCGACAGAGUAGGACAGCAGACAGCCAUAGACAGAGACUAGACAGACCCGGACCUUCAUCCUCUUUUUCUAAUUCUUUUUCCACUUCCUCAUCAUCGAGCAGUGUGACGUCAAAUAUGCGAUCUUCAUCGUCAUCAUCAUCAUCAUCUGCUAUUAGUUUUCGCAUUAAUGCUAGUGGGAAUCCGUGGCAUGCCCGGCGUCUUUCUGCACCUGAGCCAAGUGGUGUAAAAGAUGAAGAAUCUGCAAAAAGAACACAGAAAGACAAGCAGAUGUUGCUCUUGUCCCAUUCCCAAACUAAAAAGGCAUCAGUGAAGAGUGAGGUCUAUGAUCCUUUCAAUCCUACAGGAUCUGAUUCGUCAGAGAGUGAAACUGAGAAUGAUUCCUCUGAGAUGGAUUCCCAAAGUAAUGCUUCCAUGCCAUCAAGCAUGGGACAAAAUGAAAGUGUAAAACUGCAGAUUAAAACAGAACCCAUGGACUUUGAUGUGGAAGAAAGCUCUGGAAUGGGUAUCCAAGUUAAAAAGGAGCCUACUUCAUUCAAGGAAGACCCCUGGCCAAAGCCUUUACAACGUUUUGCUACUGGACAUAGACAAAUGCAGUCUGAGGGUCUUGCCGCUGUUAUGGCAUAUAGUGGAAGCCCUGCAAUCUCUGAUACUGAGUGUAGUGCAACUCCUGAAAGCCCAUUUACCAAAUCUAUGGAUCGGUCCAGGUCAAGCUCAACCUCUAGUCAACACAGUGAUGAAAAGGUCAAAAUAGAGAUAAAAGCUGAACCAGAAGAUGAGCCAUCACCUGUGAAGGCCACUUCUGAGCCAGAAGUCCCCAAAGGGAAUGGUCUUUGUGAUGAAGAACCAUCAGUGGCAAGCAGCUCUGCUGUAAUACACAAAAGAAAGGAAGAAAGAAUAGCAUCACCAUGCUUCCAGCCUAAGGAGGAGAGCGUACAGGCAGAGUCUGCUUCCCAGAGCUCUCCUUCCAAGGACAUGGAAAGCUCUCCUGAAGAGAAUGAACACUCAUGGUCAGAAGAAAAAAAGCGAUCAAGCUCUAGAUCUCCAGGCUGUAGACAGUCUCGCUCAAGAUCUAAAGAGAAAAUGCGUUCUCGGUCAAGGUCUAAAGAAAGAAGGCGUUCUCGCUCAAGAUCUAAGGAGAAAAGACAUUCUCGUUCUAGAUCUAAAGAAAGAAGGCGUUCUCGCUCAAGAUCGAAAGAAAAAAGAAGCUCCCGUUCGAAAUCUAAAGAGAAAAGACAUUCUCACUCAAGGUCUAAAGAAAAAAGACGUUCUCGCUCGAGAUCUAUAGAAAAAAGACGUUCUCGCUCGAGAUCUAAAGACAGAAGACGUUCUCGCUCGAGAUCUAAAGACAGAAGGCGCUCACGAUCUAGAUCUCCAGUCCGCAGGCGGUCUCGCUCAAGGUCUAAAGAAAGACAAUCUAGAGACAAAAGGCGCUCUCGUUCGAGGUCUAAAGAAAAAAGACGGUCUCGUUCAAGAUCUAGAGACAAAAGAAGCUCUCGCUCUAGAUCUAAAGAAAGAAAACUGUCUCAAGACAAGCGGCGCUCUGCUCGCUCCAGCAGCGAUGAGAGCUCUCGGAAGAAAAAAGCAAAGCGCAGCAGCCGUGAACGUUACGACGGCAAAGGGAAAGAUGGAAACAAGAGAUCCAAGGAAAAAAGGCGCUCUCGCUCCAGAACUAGAUCAAGGUCCAUCGAGAGGAGGAGAGAGCAACCAUCAUCACACAGGUCAUCUACAGCAUCAAAGGAUGGAGGUGAUGUGAGGUCCAAAAGGAGAAGGUCUAGAUCAAGCUCCAGAGAGCAGAGGCGAAGAGUGGAUGCGUCUUCUUCAGAAAGAAAGAGUGAGGUCCUUCAUCAGAAAGAAAGAAGCCGCAACAAAUCAUUAGUGUCCACUGCAACUGAGGCAAAAGAGACAGUUUACAGUUUGAAGAAAAAUGUAGUGGCACUGAAGAAGGAAACAGAGUCUGGAGAAGAGCAGUGUGAGACUGGAAUUUCUGUUGCGUCCAUUAAAAAGGAGAAUGAACCCAGCAGUCUUGGCUGUUCAGCAUCAAUUGAUCUAACCGAUGCAAACACCAAGGAGACUUCUUCAGUUGUUAUGACAAACGAACGACAGCCAGCCAAACCCAAAGAAAUCAAACUAGAAAACACCUGCACACUUAGUGAGGCUGAAGAGGCCAAACUGCAAAAAGAUAUAAAAGUAGAGACUGAACAAAGCAAUACAUUGUUUGAAGAAUUACUGAAGCCAGAUGAAAUUAAAAAAGAAGAACUCACUACCUCAGGUGUCCCCAAAACAUCCCAAGAAUUGAAUGACAUUUGUAUUAUGAAAGCAUCUACACCCAGUAACCAGACCAGUCACUUAUUACAUCAGGAAGACAAAAGUACGCAUGACAUUAUAGAACCCCCAAAACAAGUCAAAAUAGAGCAGAUUUGGCCUGAUGAAGAUGAUGAUAGUGGUGGUGGUGGUUUUGAUGAUGAUGAUGAUGAUGAUGAUGAUGAUAAUAAUGACCCCUGCAGUGAUAGUGCUCUCGUCAUUAAUUUGUCCACACCUGACCCUACUCCUGUGGAAUGUGAUAAAGAGCCUGAUGGUGAACUGACAAGCCUGCCUGUGGUGGAAAAGGAAGAGAUGGAGGUAGUACCCAUCCAGACACCAUGCCCUGUGAAGCAAGAACCUGUGGACUCGUCAGAUGAAGAUAUCAAUGUGGACUACUUAAUUGACAACUUGGACUUCAUUAAAAAGGAGUUAAAGGAGGAGGAUUCUGUCACUGAUCCUCCAGGUUCUGCAGAGCCUCCUACUCUCAUGAAGGAGGUCUCAGGAGGGGCAAAGCAGGAGAUAGAGCCAGCUUUAGUAAUCGGAGGUACUAAGGCCAAAUCGCAGGGAAAACGAGUUACCUGGAACAUACAAGAACCUGAGGGUCCUCCACCAGAAAAAAUGAGCAAACUUGCGCUUUUCAAGCUGAAACUGAAGCAGGAAGGAUCCCGCAAGGCUGCUUCCACCGCUUCCACACAGAGCUCUAGUCAGGAGGCAGCCUCUGUCCAGAUGGGCCCUAAACCAGCAGCAACCAGUCUUAACACUCUGUUGGAAGAGGGGCGUUCAGACCUCAGCCAGGGAGGAUCCAAAUCCUCAAAGGAAGAGGUUCUUCCAGAUACCGAUCAGAAAGACAAGUACAUGAAGAAGCUUCACAUGCAGGAGCGAGCUGUAGAAGAGGUGAAACUCGCCAUCAAACCUUUUUAUCAGAAAAGAGACAUAACAAAGGAGGAGUAUAAAGAGAUCUUGCGAAAGGCUGUUCAGAAGGUGUGUCACAGUAAGAGUGGUGAGAUUAACCCAGUCAAAGUAGCCAACCUUGUCAAAGCGUACGUGGAUAAGUAUAAACACGCCCGGAAGCAUCGUAAAGGCGAAAGCUUGGGACAGGGCCAAAAUACUGAAGGCCCAAGAGACUCUGAAACAACGGGGUGAGGACCACGCCCCUUCACUGGAAUUACUUCAGUCAGUCUGAUCAGUGCACACGUUUUAUAAAUUUAGCUUCUCAGAAAUCAUGUGACUCUAAGGGCUCAAGCAUUGUGAAAUCAGUUGUUUAGUUUGUUGUUUGAUUUAUGUAAAGAAUUUUGCCUCUAUAUUGAGAAUAACUGUCUAGAGUGGGAGGAAAUGUCAUUUUGCAGUGGUGAGAGUGAACAUAUCCAGAUGUAUGAUAUGUUGAACACACUUGUAUACCAUUGUUAUUGACCGUAUACAUAAAGUCAGAAUUUUUAUCAUGUAGGAAGAUGUACUCGAAAUGUUCACAGGACCUGUUUAAUUUUAUCAAGAUAUUUGAUAGACAUGCUUUGUAAUUAUUAGAAACUGAGGCCACUUUUUUCAUGUAUUUUGUUUGCCAGUAUUUCGGCAUGUUGUACUGCUGUAAUUAAAGCCUUGAGAAUGUAUGCCUUUGAAAAGCAGCCCUGUUCAGGAAAAAAAUAUAUAUAUAAAGUAUAAAAGUAUUUAGACGUGGUUCACAUGGAUGGAUGGGUACACUUUAUGGUUCAGAAGUUUGGAACAAUUUUUGUCAUUAAAGUUUUGUAAUUUUAUGUACAGAAGUAUACAGUGCUGGAUUAAAUUCUCUCAACUAGACACUAGGAAACUAAGAAAAUAAGUUUUUGAUGUCAUUCAGAAUCAAAUGAAGAAUCACUUCAAUAAGAAAUAUUUUGUAAUUAUGUAUUUAUAGGAAUGUGUGUGUGAUUGUUGAUUUUGGAAUUAAAGAGGCAUUAAAGAGUUUGUAGCCAUUUUAUUUUUUGGUUUAAGAAAACACUGAUUACAUAUUUUAACAGUAAUUCCAAACUUCUGAACAUUGGAGUGUAUUCAGUCUAACUUCCAUUGAAGGAAUCUUGUGCUGGGGUGUAUUUUAGAGUUGAAUGGAACCUGUAAAAUAACAGCACACCCAGCAAUUCUUAGUAUUUGCACUGGUUGUGCUGGAUGUAUACUUUUGACAAAAAAAGCUGACUGAGUUUCAGAAGACCUGUACCAGCCUACGAUGUUCUGGCCUGUUGGUGAAAGCGUAAAUGAGAGUGGAAAGUCUACCAAGGAACAUAGAACCAUUCAAUAAUACAUCAGAUUAUCUGAGAGAAUAAACAGUGGAGGAUAAAAAGCUUCCAGCAAAUACUUUUCAGUGACCAGGUUUUGUAAAGGUAUGUUUUAAAUUCAUAGUAAAGUCCCAUUUAGAAUUUGUGCGUCUUGUUUUUAAACAGUUUUUUCAGAGUUUAAGGUUAAAACAAAACUAAACAUUUUUACAAUGGCAAAGCUGCAAUGUUCCAUUUAAGUUACACUUUAAAAUAACAGCUUGGGUUUUGUUCUUAUAUAGGAGCUUCAUAGCACAUGCUUGACAACUACAGUUUGCAAAUAUGGCCUCCAAUUGAUUACCUAGCUUAAAAGCAUAGUUACUUGUUGUGUUUGCCAAUGCAUUUCUGCUGAUUAUGACACGUUUGCCAAUUACAUUUUGUGUUAUUGUUUUUGUGGACACAUUGGACAGAGCUAUGGAGUGAGGGAAAAUACCAGGAUACAGUGAGGUCAGAAUGGUGCUGCAGCACACUAUUAGUAGAAGAUAGGGCCAUGGCGCAGUGGCCUGCAUUGAGGUAUAUUCUUUUAAAUGGAAAGUGAUGGAUUUUGCCUUUAUGCAAGGUGCUUUUGUUGUUCAUUUACUUUCUUUCAGUAAUUUGUUUCCCCAAAUGAUCAGUUUAAAAUUGUGCAGAUGUUUAAAGGAAUCACAUUUUUGUCAUGUGCUAUUCUUCCUUUGUUCUUACAAAACAAAUUUGAUGUCUGAUUGGUUGAGUGUUUACUAAUUUUAGGCUGCACCGGUUGUGGUAAUGCAUGAGGAUUGAAAGACCUCUUUGUGAAUAAUUUGUAAUUAGGCUUAUUACAGUGGAAAGGUGGGGUGGUUUCUCAUAGUCACCUGUGGCAGCUUGCUGAUUUCCACCUAUUUGGUGUUUGCUGUCCUGAUUCAAUUGUACUUGAUUCUAAUUGUGAACUGGAGAAUCCACCACUUUACUGUUUUGUAAAUACGUUUCUUUAGAAGUUUAUUUAAUAAAAGAGAAAAAGGAAGCUA